AUGACCUUUGUAGAAUCUCAAAAGACCACUUGUCCAUGACUUUCACUUACUUAAGAACUGGCUCUUUGGGUAUGAGUCAGCCCAAGAAGCAAGGAUAUGGUGACUCGAGGGUCCAUCUCUUACUCUUACGACAAUGUGGUUGCUCACCUGUCUACCGCUCCCGGGAGAUGGCAGCUCGUGCCCUGGUCCCGUUUGUUAUGACAGAUGAAAUCCCUGAUACCAUCCGAACUCUGUUGGCCAAACUCCCUGACUGCACUGACCAGUGUUUCCGGCAAAACCAUAUUCAUGGGACACUUCUCCAGGUUUUUCAUUUGUUACAAGCCUUCUCAGACUCCAAAUACAGAAUGAAUACAUACUUUCAGCAGGAGCUGGCUGACGUCGCAGCUUGUACCAAAGCCAAACUCUGGCUGGCCAAGAGGCAAAAUCCAUGUUUGGUGACCAGAGCUGUGUAUAUUGAUAUUCUCUUCCUGUUGACUUCCUGCCUUGACAAACCCGCAAAAGGCAACCAGCCAGUUCUGGAGCAUCUUGGCCUCUGGGAGGAAGUCAGAAGGAUCAUCUCAGGAUCAGAGCUGAUAACGGGAUUCCCAUAUACCUUCACAGCACCAGGCCUGCCCCAGUACCUCCAGAGCCUCACCAAACUGGCCAUCGCUGCUGUGUGGGCCGUGGCCACCCAGGCUGGAGAGCAGACUAGGGACGUUCCAGUCUCCUUCUCUCAGCUUUUAGAGUCUUCCUUCCCUGAAGUCCGCCUGCUGACGCUGGAAGCCCUGUUGGAAAGGUUCUCGGCAACAGCCUCUGGAUUAGGAGAGAAGAGACUGCUGCCCUUGCUGCGGAAUAUGGGAGGGACAUUCUUGACGUUGGUUAUGAAGGAAAACCACCCGGAAUGCCUCUGCAAGAUACUGAGAAUUCUCCAUUGCAUGGACCCCAGUGAGUGGCUUCCUCAGACAGAGCACUGUGUCCAUCUAACCCCAAAGGAGUUCUUGAUCUGGACGAUGGAUAUUGCUUCCAAUGAAAGGUCUGAAAUUCAAAGUGAAGCUCUGAGACUUGCCUCCAAAGUGAUCGCCUACCACAUGCAGAUGUGUGAGGAGACCAGGGACUUGGUGGCCCCCACCCUGAAGCAGUGGGCUCAGUUGGUCGUCACUUCCUGUGGAGAUCAUCUUCCCAAGGAGUCCAGGCUGGCCACCGCUGAAGUUCUCACCAGCACCGCACCAUUUUUCCUCACCCACCCCUGUCCCAUUCUUGGACUGCAGGAUACACUUGCUCUCUGGAAGUGUGUCCUCACCCUCCUGCAGAGUGAGGAGCAAGUCAUCAGACAUGCAGCCACAGAAACUGUCAUGACCGCCUUGUCUCAAGAAAACAUCUGCCAGUCAACAGAAUUUGCCUUCUGCCAGGUGGAUGCCUCCAUCGCUCUGGAUCUGGCCCUGGCUGUGCUGUGUGACCUGCUCCAGCAGUGGGACCAGCUAGGCCCUGGACUCCCAGUCCUGCUAGGGUGGCUGCUGGGAGAGGGUGAUGACCUCAUGGUCUGUGUGGAGAGUGUGCAUCAGGUGGAAGAAGACUACUUGUUUGAAAAAACAGAAGUCAACUUUUGGGCUGAGACCCUGAUCUUCGUGAAAUACCUCUACAAGCACCUCUCCCGCCUCCUCUCCAAGUCCAGCUGGUGUCCCCUCAGCCCCGAGAGGCUCCGUCAUCUUCAGAGGACAGCGUCAGAGCAGUGCCACCUCCUUUCCCAGCUCUUCAGAGAGCUGCCACCAGCUGCUGAGUUUUUGAAGACGGCGGAGUUCACAAGGCUGCGCAUCCAGGAGGAAAGGACUUCGGCCUGCCUGAGGCUGCUGGCCCUUCUGGAAGGAAAGCAAGGGGACUCUCCUGCAGCAGCGAAUCAGUUAACUCUUCCAGAAACAGAAACAGCUUGUUGAAGAAAGAUUUGUGGGGUUGGGGGCGGGGUGGAUUACUCCCCUACUAAAUCUGCAGAAAACAUGUUGACCAUAAAUUCAAAUAUCUUCUCCCUUUCGUGCCUCCCCCACUUCUGGGAGUCUAGUCUUCUGUCCUACAGAGGAAUUUUUCUUCAGUGCAGUCAUUCAGGGCAGCUUCAUUUAUUGCAGCUACUGUAGGAAGUGAAGCUACCACGUUGAGUAUUUACUCUGUUCCCAGGUGCAGGCCACCUGCAGGCCUGAAUUAGCCUUUUUCAUCCCUCAGGACCUCCAGUGUCCAACCAUAGCCAGCCUGCAUUUUCUCUGAAUUGACUACACAGAAUUGGGUUUUAACACAUGAUUCCCCCCCCUCCCCUUUUUUGGCUGGAAGUAGGAGCUGGAUUAGUUGGCAAAGAGCCCACUUGGUCAGAAUUCCAAAUUUUAUUCCAUUUUAGCUAAGACAGAAAUAUGUUUCAAAUAUUGGAUCCUGGGAGAAUGAAGAUCAACUUCAUACAAAUAAUUGUUUUUAAAGUCCUUCAGUGACCUACAUGCCGUCCUAAUUAUUAAGAGAGCCAUUAAGAGCCCCUGCCUGCUCCCCCACCGAAAGUUUUUGUGCUGUUGUUAGGAAACCAGAUCUUGCCACGCAGUGAAACCAUAGGCUCUUAACUGUUAGAAGGAAUCUGGGGAAAGGAGAGUCAGAAUAAAUGACUUAUUUGAUGCCUA